GUAGCUGGCCGCGCCCCUAAAAUUAUAAAUCAAAACAUAUGGCCACCGUCCGCAGCCGGCGAAAUUGACCAUUGACCAGAUGGUUUUGCAAAUUUCGUGAUUUUGGCAAUGCACCGACGCUGAUUCGAAUCUCCGAAAGGUCUGAGUUUUUCAAAUUCGGGUUGUUGAACGGAAGCCACCCAAUGUCCGAGGUCGAAGCGAAAAAUGAUGGAGGGGCGAACGCCGAAAAGAGUGCCAACAGCGGAUUUGUCUGCGGAGUCGUCGAAGGUUUUUACGGACGGCCAUGGACGAGCGAACAGAGGAAGGAUCUGUUUGUGAAAAUGAAAAAGUGGGGGAUGGACUCGUACCUGUACGCUCCAAAGGACGACUACAAGCACAGGGCGUACUGGCGCGACUUGUACUCGGUCGAGGAGGCUGAGCAUCUCACUGCCCUAGUCUCGGCGGCCAAAGAGAGCGGCAUCACCUUCUACUACGCCAUUUCUCCUGGGCUGGACAUCACUUACUCAAGUGUCAAGGAGGUGGCCGCUCUCAAGAGGAAGUUGGAGCAGGUCUCGCAGUUUGGCUGCCAGGCCUUUGCUCUGCUUUUUGACGACAUCGAACCCGAAAUGUCUGAGGCUGACAAAGAAGUUUUCCAGUCUUUCGCACACGCACAAGUUUCUGUGACUAAUGAAAUCUUCCAACACCUUGGGCAGCCAAAAUUUAUGUUGUGCCCAACGCAGUAUUGUGCUGCUCGAGCAGUUCCUGACGUCAAGGCUUCCGAGUAUCUAAACACGAUAGGUUCUAAACUUUUGCCAGAAAUUGAUGUUAUGUGGACAGGACCGAAAGUGAUUUCUCGAUUGCUGACUUUUGAGUCGAUAGAAGAGAUUACGGAUGUGCUGAAGAGGCCUCCCAUAAUUUGGGACAACCUGCACGCCAAUGAUUAUGACCAGAAGAGAGUCUUCCUUGGGCCAUAUGCAGGCAGGAGUCCCGACUUGAUGCGGAAACUCAGGGGCGUCCUCACCAACCCGAACUGCGAGUACGGAGCCAAUUUUGUGGCCAUUCACACUUUGGCUCAGUGGAGUCGCUGCAGCAUGGAUGGAAAAGUUGAUCUCAGUUUGAAUGAUCCUGUCAGUGCAGACAUCAAGUUGGAGAUAGAGACUGAAGAUGGGGUAGCGGAGGAAGUGCCCACCUCCCUUUCUCCCUUAAUGUACCACCCCCGUCGGGCCCUCCGCAACGCCAUAGUUGAGUGGCUGACAGAGUUCAAAAAGCCGAAACCUGCGUGGGGCCCGAUCGAGCCAAAGCCGCAGAUCAUGCCAACAGUCAGCAUUUGCACCACCAUUGCACCAAGUGCCCCGCCUGUCGCCUUUCCUCCGACCGUCAAUACUUGCCUCAGCGUGACCACCACAACAACCUCAACCACCACUGGUUGUAUCGCUGUCCCCAUUUCUAAUCACACCUCGCAGCUUGACACCCUGGCAGACGUUUGCAGUUUUGUAAGUCCGCAGACCGGAGCUUUCUUGAACUCUUUGGUGGCAGAUGAAAAGGUCGUGAGCAGUGACGAAAGUGCAUCUCAGAAUGCAGAGCCAAUGGAGAUCAACGCCACCCCUGACUCGUCACUCCCUGCUUCCAUUUCGUCAUCGGAAUUGAAAAAAUCAUCAAACGAAGAUGUGGCCAUGGCUGACAGUGUCAGUUGUGAGAGCUGCUCGGCUUCAGUCACGCCAACUGGCUCAUCAAAUAUGCAGAUGAGUAGUGUGCUUGGUGGAAGCUCUUCGAUGCUUGUUGAGGAAACUUUGACCGGUCAGGAUCGAGAUCUCACAGAGGAAGACUUGAUUCUGCUUUGUGAGCUUUUCUACCUUCCCUUUGAACACGGAGCGCAAGGUGCUCAGUUUUUGCAAGAGUUCACUUGGCUCAAGUUAAACGCCGUUGCUGUGAUUCAUGCCAAAAAUAAGUCUGAUGGAGAACUAAACACUCCAGAGAUUCAAGAGUGGUUUAAAAGAUCUGAACGCUUUAACGAGAUGACUGAGUCUGUGAAUCAACUUUACCAGCGACUUUCAUAUUGCAACAAUCGAGAGUUGUUGCAUGAUUUGUAUCCGUAUAUUUGGGACAUAAGAGGAGUGGUUUCUUUACUCAACUGCUACAUAAAAUGGCUAGGCUCCUGUAAAACCAUAAAAGAUGUUUUGAACGCUGUGGAGCAAGAACCAUGGCUAUUUCGUGGAGGAUUGAUUGCUGAUUUACAGAGGCAAAUACCAGUUGACACAAGCAAUGACCUAUUUCUGUACAAGCCUCCCGACGUGCCUUGCAAUAAAAUCUACAACAUAAGACCAUACUUGCCCGCGGACGAGGCAGCCGUUUACUCUGUUUGUAUCAAAACCUGCAUGGACGGGAUGGAUGGCACUGAUCAGUUUGAAAAGUAUCCAGAACUCAUUGGAGACAAGAUGGUUGGCCAUUUCCUAAAUUUCAGUCCCGAGUUCUGCUUUGUGGUUGAGGAUGGCUGGGAUAUUGUCGGUUACGUUUUGGCAGCUGUGGACGCCAGGGACUUUUUGCGCAAGACAGAAAUGGCCUGGAUACCCAAUUUGUGCGAAAAGUAUCCAAAGCCAAAUUCUUGCGAAACUGCAGCUGAGAAAGUGAUCGAUGAUAUUUACCACUUCAAAGACGACGUUCCUGACACGAUUGUUGCUCACAACCCAUCUUUGCUAACUUCAGCUAUGCUCACAUCAGUCCUGGACCAGAGCAUCCCUAAACGCCUCAUGAUAUGCUUAUUUGCUUCUUUAAGAGCACACGGUUCAACAGGCUGUCAUGUAGAAAUCAAGACAACGGAGAAAUAUCUGCAUGAGUUUUACGCCAAGCUUGGCUUUGUGGAGCUCGAGCAAGGUCAGUACCCCUACACCAUUUACAUGGGAAGGACGUUCUGAAGAUCAAAAAUAAUGUUCAGGUUAUUGGAUUUUUUCUGAAGAUUUUUUUUAUAUAUAAAUUCCUAAUAGACAUAUUUAGUUACGUCAAAAGUGGUGGUUGUCUAAGUUUAGUUGCCUCUCUCUAGUAAUUGUGAUUAUACAAUGAUUACAUUAUUUGUGUAAGCCUGCACGACGUAAUUGUCUUUUUAAAAUCUUGAUGCAUUUAUAUUAUAUUUUUUAAUGAGUCUAAUCAAUAAUAAAUCUUUUAGCGCCAACUCGAA